UAUCUUGGGAUAUUCAUUACAGUGUCUUGUACAAGGGCAUUCUUCAUUUCUACGUAUUAGCAUGGAAGAAGCUCAUCCAGGGAAGAAAAUGCAACCUGGUCACGAUGAAGAAGCAGUUGUGGAUAUGGGCAAAAUCAGCUCUACUAUCAAUACAAACUUUGAAAAAGAAGAACUAGAGAGCCACAGAGCUGUGUAUAUUGGAGUUCACGUCCCAUUUGGAAAGCAGGGCCGUCGACGGCACAGGCAUCGUGGGCACAGGCAUCACAGAAGAAAAAAAGAAAAAGAAACUGACAGAGAGGAUGGACGAGAAUCUCCAUCUUAUGAUACGCCAUCCCAACGAGUGCAGUUUAUCCUGGGUACUGAAGAUGAUGAUGAACAUAUUCCCCAUGAUCUCUUCACUGAAAUGGAUGAACUUUGCUUCAGGGAUGGAGAAGAAUAUGAAUGGAAAGAAACUGCUAGGUGGCUAAAAUUUGAAGAGGAUGUUGAAGAUGGUGGUGAUCGAUGGAGCAAGCCUUAUGUAGCAACUCUGUCUCUGCACAGUCUCUUUGAACUGCGAAGCUGUAUUCUUAAUGGGACGAUCAUGUUGGACAUGAGAGCAAACACACUAGAUGAGAUAGCAGAUAUGGUUUUGGACAACAUGAUUGCCUCUGGUCAGCUGGAUGAAUCCAUAAGAGAGAAUGUAAGAGAGGCUCUUCUGAAAAGACAUCAUCACCAGAAUGAGAAAAAAUUCAGCAGUCGGAUUCCCCUGGUUCGAUCUUUUGCAGAUAUAGGCAAGAAACAUUCUGACCCUCACUUGCUUGAACGAAACGGGGAAGGCCUUUCAGCCUCCCGCCACUCUUUGCGAACAGGUCUCUCUGCCUCAAAUGUUUCCCUGAGAGGAGAAAACCGUUUGUCUGUUCUUCUCAAUUACCUUCUUCCUUCUUCAAGAGCUGGAACCCCGGCAACCUCAAGGUGUACAACCCCUGUAACUACCCCUCAAAACACACCACCCUCCAGUCCUACCUUCAGCCACCUGACAACCACAAGUGCUCAGCCAAGCCCACUCCAGGGCAAGGAAUUGCUGGUAUCACCUGCCAGUGACGAUAUUCCUUCAGUAAUAAUCCACCCACCUGAGGAGGACUUAGAAGUGCAGGAAAAGAAGACAGAGGAUAAUAUUGACAAAGCACCAGGACUGUUAGCCUCUCCACAGUCAGCACCUGGAAAUUUAGACACUGGGAAAUGUGCAGAUGUUAAAGGUACUGGAACAGGAGGAAGCAGAGAAAACAGCACCGUUGAUUUUAGUAAGGUUGAUAUGAACUUCAUGAGGAAAAUUCCAUCAGGAGCGGAAGCAUCAAAUGUGUUAGUGGGAGAAGUAGAUUUUUUAGAAAGACCUAUUAUUGCAUUUGUGAGGCUCUCCCCUGCUGUGCUUCUCUCAGGUCUCACGGAGGUUCCAGUUCCUACACGAUUUUUGUUUUUGUUGCUGGGACCAGCAGGCAAAGCACCACAGUACCAUGAAAUUGGAAGAUCAAUAGCAACGCUUAUGACAGAUGAUGUUUUCCAUGAUGUUGCUUACAAAGCUAAAGACCGAAAUGAUUUAUUAUCAGGAAUUGAUGAGUUUUUGGACCAAGUGACAGUCCUGCCUCCAGGAGAAUGGGAUCCAUCUAUACGAAUUGAGCCACCCAAAAGUGUUCCUUCCCAGGAGAAAAGGAAGGUACCCAAGUUUCCAAAUGGAUCUACUCCUACAGGAGAGACUCUCAAAGAAGAAGGCCAUCAUGCUGGACCUGAGCUUGAGAGAACUGGAAGGCUUUUUGGUGGUUUGAUACUUGACAUCAAAAGGAAAGCACCUUUUUUCUUGAGUGACUUCAAGGAUGCAUUAAGCCUGCAGUGCCUGGCCUCGAUUCUUUUCCUAUACUGUGCCUGUAUGUCUCCUGUAAUCACUUUUGGAGGGCUCCUGGGAGAAGCUACACAAGGCAGAAUAAGUGCAAUAGAGUCUCUCUUUGGAGCCUCGUUAACUGGGAUUGCCUAUUCUCUCUUUGCUGGGCAACCUCUUACUAUUUUGGGGAGCACCGGACCAGUUCUAGUAUUUGAAAAAAUAUUAUUUAAAUUUUGCAGAGACUAUGAGCUUUCCUACCUCUCCCUGCGAACUAGCAUUGGUCUGUGGACUGCAUUUUUAUGCAUAGUACUUGUAGCAACAGAUGCCAGCAGCCUUGUGUGUUACAUCACUCGCUUUACUGAAGAAGCUUUUGCAGCACUUAUAUGCAUCAUAUUUAUUUAUGAGGCGUUGGAAAAGCUUUUUCAUUUGGGAGAAGUGUAUGCCUUCAAUAUGCACAAUGAUUUGGAUAAACUGACUUUAUAUUCGUGCGUUUGUUCUAAGCCUCAGAAUCCUAGCAACGAAACUUUACUAAUGUGGGGGAAUUUAAAUAAGUCUGUGGAAAGUAUAGCGUGGAGUAACCUUACAGUUUCUGAAUGUUUAGAAUUUCAUGGUGUGUUUCGUGGAUCAGCUUGUGGUCAUCAUGGACCGUAUAUUCCAGAUGUCCUCUUCUGGUCUGUUAUAUUGUUCUUUACAACGUUUUUCCUCUCCUCUUUCCUUAAGCAAUUCAAGACCAAACGCUAUUUCCCAACUAAGGUACGUUCUACCAUCAGUGACUUUGCAGUGUUUCUGACCAUAGUAAUCAUGGUUUUGAUUGACUAUCUUGUAGGAGUACCUUCUCCUAAGCUUCAUGUUCCAGAGAAAUUUGAACCUACUCGAAAAGACAGAGGAUGGUUCAUAGAUCCUCUUGGAGGCAAUCCUUGGUGGACACUCUUGAUAGCUGCUGUUCCUGCUUUACUCUGUACCAUUCUCAUUUUCAUGGAUCAACAAAUAACAGCUGUUAUUAUAAACAGAAAAGAGCAUAAGCUGAAGAAAGGCUGUGGUUAUCAUCUUGAUCUGCUCAUGGUUGGUGUUAUGUUGGGCAUAUGUUCUAUCAUGGGCUUACCGUGGUUUGUUGCUGCAACUGUCCUGUCUAUAAGUCAUGUUAACAGCCUGAAAGUAGAGUCUGAAUGCUCUGCCCCAGGAGAGCAACCAAAGUUUUUGGGAAUCCGUGAGCAGCGAGUGACGGGAUUGAUGAUUUUCGUCCUGAUGGGGCUGUCGGUGUUCAUGACCUCUGUGUUAAAGUUUAUUCCAAUGCCAGUUUUGUAUGGUGUCUUUCUUUACAUGGGAGUAUCUUCAUUAAAAGGCAUUCAGUUUUUUGACCGAAUAAAGCUGUUUGGAAUGCCUGCCAAACAUCAGCCUGACCUGAUAUAUCUACGUUAUGUGCCGCUCUGGAAGGUCCAUAUCUUUACAGUUAUUCAGCUCACUUGUCUAGUUUUGUUGUGGGUGAUUAAAGCCUCUGCAGCUGCUGUUGUUUUCCCUAUGAUGGUGUUAGCAUUAGUGUUCAUUCGCAAGCUCAUGGAUUUAUGUUUCACCAAAAGAGAGCUUAGCUGGCUUGAUGAUCUUAUGCCAGAAAGUAAAAAGAAGAAAGAAGAUGACAAAAAGAAAAAGGAAAAAGAAGAAGCAGAGAGAAUGCUUCAGACAGGGGACAGUGAAAGUGUGCAUCUGCGAUAUGAAGAAGCAAAUGUCUUGGAUUUUCCUGUAAAAACUCUAAAAUACAGCAUUGAUCCCUCAAUUGUAAACAUAUCAGACGAAAUGGCCAAAACUGCACAGUGGAAGGCUCUUGCCAUGAGUACUGAGAAUGCCAAAGUAACCAGAGCUAACCUGAGCCCUGAGAAGCCAGAAAGUGUGAAAAUAAAUAUGGAAGAUGCACCUGUUUUGAAAUAUGUGGAUGCUGAAACAUCUUUAUAGAACUGAACCAAGGGGAAUUUUGUGUAUUUGUGUGCGUGUAUAUAUAUAUCGCUGUAGGAUAUCAUAUCAUUGAAGUGUGAUUUCCAAGUUUAAGGAGUAACAUAUAUUUAAUUCUGCCAUUGUUUAGGGCACUGUAGAUAUGCUUGGCUAAUGAGAUUUUCCUGCAAAUAAGAUGAGUGGUAAUCACACUUCAGCUAUUUAUUUUAUUAGAAAUUUUUAUUUUCAUUUUUAAAUAGGAAGAUUGUAAUGAAUGCUUAUUCUUUUCAAUAAUCAUUAUGUGCAUAAAAGUUAAAUCAGCUUUUGCUGAUGAUUACUGGUCCAUGUUGCAUAGAAUUUUGCAAUACCUCUGUUUAUAAUGUGUGCUACAGAAGUUUGUUUUCCAUGCAGGCGGUUACUGCGUGUUUUUUGCAGGGUAAGCACGUUUUUUUGUGAUUUCAUAGAACGAGUAUUAAUGUGCUGUUAACAUGAACUACUGUGUUUUAUGUCUCCACUACAUGCUAAUAUUUUUUGGAUUCUGUCACUCAUAGAAGUAGAAGGGGCCUAGAGCUCUAAGUCAGGUGAUUAAUCCGUAGAAUAUAUGUAAAUAUCCUGUUUCUGAUACUUUUUAAAAAAAAAAAUCUACUCUUGAUUUUAAAUAUCCUGUUCUGUUACCGCUCCUCCCCCCCACCCUGCUUUUUUUUUUUUUUUUUGUUAAAUUCUUGCCCAGUAGCAGUGUAGGUGCAGUAACUGUAGCUAAAGCCCCAAGUCAGUGUUUGCCAUUCUGGAAACUCCAUACUUAAACAAUAUAAAUUGGAUUUACAGACAAAAAUUUUGUUAUAUAGGAAUUUAUACAUACUUACUACACUAGUAAUCUUGAAUUCUUUCCUUCCUCUUUUUAUUUACAUUUUCCAUUGAAUUUGAAAGUUUGAUUUACUCAGCUGUAAGACUGAAACUUUUUGAGUAUUUCAUGUCCUCCUCAAAAUAUCUUUCUUGCUUAAUUCAUUUUUAAACUUACUGUGUAUUUGAUUAAAUUAGCCAUAGUUGGUUGUAAUUCUGUAAUAGGUUUAUGAUCAGUAUUAUUUUAUGGAUUACAAAUUGCUUUGUGGUAUUUGUGUUUACAGUUCCGAUCCUCUCCAUUGUAAAGGGCAUAGAUGAUAGCACACCAACCUAUUUUUAAACAUUCUAUUUAUUUUAAUUAGUAUAAACUUUUAUCAUGUAAGACAAAUUGAAAAAAUAAAUAUUGACUUAUUAAAGUAAAUGGGAUUUUUUGGGGCUCACUUAAAUUGUGUGAAAAUGCAGUCAGUGCAUUUAUUGUAUUACACCUUCAAGUUCUAAUGUUUACCAUUCUAAUAUUCGAAAGAAUGAUACUUUUAUGUAAAAAUCAAAAUCUUGAACACUUACCUACUGCAGUUUCCAUUAUUGAUACUUUUUGCCUUACAUCUUAGUUUUUUAGCUUUAAUUCCUGAAAUAGUCUCUCUACAUUCUGAACUGCUACCAGCCCUUUCUGGAUCUGUUACAAUGGCUUUAACUAUGAUCCGUGCUCACUCAAAAAUGGAAGACACUGUGUUAGGUUAAUUUUGCUUUUAGCAGAGUGGGGAGUUUUACCAUGGGCAACACAGUAAAAUUCUCAAGAUCUUCAGAAGCAGCAGAUUUUGGAGGAGGGCAGAGUUUGUCUGAAAAUACCACCUGAGGUGGAAUUUUGGUGCUCUUCAGAUAAGUGUCAUUUGGAGAGAAGAUAAUUAUAUAUUACAAAAAUAAAACAAUCAGUGGAUGUAAAUGGAAGUAUUAGAAAUAACAUUUAUACGUUACAUAGACUGUUACCAUUCCCUUUGAUCAUAACAUAAUGGAAGAAUGUUUUUCUUUUUUUAUUUUGCUGAAUUCUGAGAAGAAAGGCGAUUUGCUGAAAGUGGAUUUAGAGCAAUACAAAUAAUGCUAUCCAAACUGUUUGAACAGAGGCUCAUCUCAGUGGAAAAGCAAGUGAGGUCUGCCUUACCAAACUGAAUAAUACUGUGUAAUGAGCUGUGUAGGUGUUUCUUUAUUCUCAGUGUAGUUUGUGCCUUAGCUUGAGUAUGUGCUUUUUCAUAAAUACCCAUUUUUUCCCUCUAGUUGAACUGAGAUACAGUGAAACAGAUAAAGUUUCUGCAUUAUCAG